AUGCCAAGAGGCCAGUCCAGUAUUCCUAGUUUAAAAAACCCGGAUGCAGAUAAAGUUCGUCCAGAGAUCAAGAAAAUAUGUGAGAAAUUCAUGUUGUCUGAUGACAGUCUUAUGAAGGUCUCAAAAAUCAUGGAAGACGAAAUGAAUCGGGGUUUGCGGAAUGAGCCUAGUUGUCUGGAAAUGUUGCCAUCGUUCAUUCGGGGAGUUCCGAACGGUACGGAACGGGGCGAUUUCCUGGCGCUUGAUCUUGGCGGUACUAAUUUUCGAGUGUUGCUGAUUAAACUGAAGGGCGAUGUGGCCGAGAUGACUGGGAAAGUAUAUCGUAUACCUGAAGAAAUCAUGCGAGGUGUCGGCACUGUGCUAUUCGAUCACAUUAGCCAAUGCUUAGCAGAUUUCCUCGAAGAACAUGACUUGAAAGAGUGCAAAGAGUUGCCUCUUGGUUUUACAUUCUCAUUCCCGGUACAACAGGAAAAUCUUACCACUGGCAGACUUAUUAGCUGGACAAAAGGUUUCAAUGCAAAAGGAGUGGAAGGUCAAGACGUCGUUCAGUGUCUUCGAGAUGCGUGUAAUCGUCGCAAGGACAUCAGUAUCGAUGUAGUAGCGCUGCUUAAUGAUACAGUUGGCACAUUGAUGGCAUGUGCCUUCAAGGACAGUACUUGUCAAAUUGGCGUUAUUCUUGGAACUGGUACAAAUGCCUGCUACAUGGAAAAGCUUUCCAACUGUCCAAAACUCAAAAAAUAUGGAUUUGAUGACGACCGAUAUCCAAAAGAAGUUAGUCUCAAAUAA